CUCCGUAUCUACUUGUUGGAACUUUGAAUUCUAUUCUAUUUCCAAAACUUAAAAUUAAUUAGGUCUAGGAUAACAUUAAUUUAUAUCUAAUCUUUAUUUUAUUAUCAUAAUGGCGCGUGUGCUGGUUGGUGUUAAGCGAGUAAUUGAUUAUGCAGUUAAAAUUAGGGUCAAACCAGACAAGAGCGGUGUUGUUACUGAUGGGGUGAAGCACUCCAUGAACCCUUUUGAUGAGAUCGCUAUUGAAGAAGCUGUGAGGAUGAAGGAAAAGAAGCUGGCCAGUGAAGUGAUCGCCGUAUCAUGUGGCCCAGCGCAGUCGCAAGAAACAUUGAGGACAGCUUUAGCUAUGGGAGCAGAUAGAGCUAUUCAUGUGGAAGUAGCAGGAGCAGAGUAUGAAACAAUGCAGCCUCUGCAUGUUGCCAAGAUCCUCGCUAAACUAUCACAAGAUGAGAAAGCGGACUUAGUUAUAGUAGGAAAACAGGCAAUUGAUGAUGACUCAAAUCAAACUGCCCAAAUGACUGCAGCGUUACUUGACUGGCCUCAAGGAACAUUUGCAUCAAAGGUAGAAAAAACAGACACAGGAUUAACAAUCACUAGAGAAAUUGAUGGUGGUCUUGAAGUCAUUAAGACUAAAAUGCCAGCUGUAAUCAGUGCUGACCUGAGGUUGAACGAGCCCAGAUAUGCUACAUUGCCUAAUAUUAUGAAAGCCAAAAAGAAGCCCAUGAAGAAGGUUAGCGCCAAGGACCUUGGUGUGGACUUGUCGCCAAGGAUCAAGGUAUUGAGUGUCGAAGACCCUCCCGUCCGACAGGCCGGAUCCGUCGUCCCAGACGUCGACACACUCGUCGCCAAACUUAAGGAAGGCGGACAUGUUUAAACAGUAAAUAAAAGCAAUAAACCAUACACAAUCCUCUUUAUUAACUCAAAAUUAUAUCAGAUUUCCACAGAAUCAUGUAGAUGUAUAUUUUAAUAUAACCUGUUGUUGUA